AUGGCGCUGGACGCGUUAGGCGCGAGCGACUGCAGCGACGCUCCUGCCGCUGUCCCGACAGAACAAGCGCACGAUUCUGCAGCCCAAGUCGAUGGAGAAGAUGCGGACCGUCUCGUGUCUGCUGAAGAUGACGAGGGCGACGAGGAGGAGGAGCAGCAGCACGAGACGGCAAGAGGUCUCAGCCAGUCACGAGAUGGAACAGAGGACGACGCGAUGGAGCCAUUACGAAAGGCCGAAGACAACGAACCGAGUGGCGAAGUGGCUACAGGUGAAUCCGAUGCAAUGACGGACGAGACGAUGGAGGAGGCGGAUGACUUGACGCUCGAUGCGGCAGCGUCUGUGGCUUCCGAUCUGAUCGCUCUUGAGCGUAGUGACGACACAGCGUCGAUCAGAACGAGUGAUCUGAAAGCCGCCGAGUGCCAAUCAGAUGGCACUGCAGAACAGAGGGAUAAUGGUGUGGAAGACAUUGGUGACGGUAGCGGCAAUGGCUGCAUGAAUGGUGUUGGGAUGCCGUUGCCUGAGGUAGCAAGUACGACUGAAUCGGGCGGAGCGAAUGAUGAUGACGGCGUUGUAGCGACGAAACACAACGACACAGUGGACCACGUGUCCGUGUGUGCAUCCGUGGCUCCUUCUGUCACCGUUGACACUGUUUUACCGGCAGAACCUUCGACACCGCCAUCGAAGAAGAUGGGUGAUAGUUCAAGUGAAGAACGAGUCGUUGAAAACGAUGAAUCGAUGGAGACUGCAUCAGCAGGUGAUGCAUCGACCUCGCCAACGCCUGACAUGCCGGUGUGCGUGUCGGCUAGUCAUUCCGUCACCAGCGAAAGCAUUGUUGCUUCGGGAGAGCCUUUGGAUACGUCUAAGGAGACAAAUGAGGUUGUGUGUGAAAAACAAAGUGCACAAAACGAUGACUCGAUGGACACUACGGGUGAAGACAGUGCACCGACUAUGCCAACGCGUGAUGUGCCAGGGUGUGACUCGGCCAGUCUAUCUGCCGCCGGUGAAAGCACUACUGCGCCGGUUCAGCCUUCGGUACCAUCAUCCAAAGAGACGAGCGACAUCUCGAGUGAAGAGCAGCAAGCUGAAAAUGUCGAUACGGGGGACAACGUAGUGCAAACUACUUCUCCGCAUACGCUCGAUGAAGAUGAAUGCGAUACGCUGGCACCUGUGGCGGUGGCAUCCUGCGUACCCCACGGAGAUGAUGAAUAUGACCCUGCCAAUCCGUCUUCUGCGGAAACUCCGGUGCGAAGCGAUAACACAACAAGCUGUACUAACCAUCCUUCAGCUGCUGAGAAGGAGGAGUAUGAUCCAGAGCAUCCGUUCGUGACACCGUCAGCACCUAAUGAGUCCGUUGCAAUGGAAGUAAGUGCCGUGACGCCGGCCAAAAGGAAGGCUGAUGACGAGACCAAUUCACCUUCUGACGGGCCCGAAAAAGGCUGUGAAGAUUCCAAACGGCUUCGUUGCAAUUCUGACAUCAAAAGUCCCCGCGAUGGCGACCACAAGCAAGGUCGUCAUCGACGCGGAAGCGGAGACACUACCCUUUCUUCCAGCAGCAAAAAGAAAAACGGCGAAGAUGGUAAUUACAAGGGACUUUCUGCUGCGGCGUGGGAUCGACUCAUGGAUUUUCAGACAAGUGGUGAGUUCCGAGUCACCCAAGUGAGUCGAGCUGCGUUUGCAUCGGUUGGCGCCAUGCCUGAGUUUGCUCAAAUCGCUAUCAUUGCUCGAUUCGUGCGCACACCGAUGCGGGAAAUUCGCGACAAGAAUGGACAGCUGAUGCGUAUUUAUCGGGAGUAUCAGAAGGAGAAUCCACAGGUCGCGGCGCUGCAGCCUGUAGAUGCCUUUAUCUCGGACUCCAAGAGUGACUCUGGGCUAUUCCGCUUUGGGUAUGCUCCUCCACAACCAGCGACGGGUACAUCGACUGUCCAGGUGCCGUAUCAGCGGGAUCAACUUCCUGACGAUGUCCCGGUGAGAAUUUCUCCUCGACAUGCAAGGAAUAAAACGGCGCGGUCAGAUCAAGACAUGCACCCGCACAAAAAUGUUGACGAGUUUGGGCGCGCUGUUCACUUGAACAAGGAACUUGCAGACGAGCCUACUGCAUUGACAUACCUUGGCAACGAGAGGUCAGUCGCCGACCCUCCAUUUUCUGCGCAAAAUCGCGAAGCCUCGUCUGUCCACGCUACGCCACCGACAGUAACAAAAGGAAGAGCUGAAGAUCCUCGUCGCCGUGAACAGCCCCGCAUUCAAAAUGGCAACGGGGCUGGACGGGACCCACGUCGUCAUAGUUCAGUGUCAAACCGACAAACGUCUCCUCGCGGAGGUUUGUCCUAUGCUGCAGGCUCGAGCGAUCUGUACGAACGUCUGUCAGCACCGGUCAGGGCUGUAGUCGACAGUAUGCGCCGCGAAGGAAGGUUACAAGAGUCGCUGAACGAUAACGUGAUCACACGGUUGCUGCAUUUGCCGGAGCGCGUGGCGCUUCAAGCAGUCGAGAACUUUAGCAACGUCGAUCUUUCGCAGGUGGAGAACUUGCAAGGUUUUCUGGUGGGAAUCAUCAAUCGUGUCAACGAGAAGGCGAUUGCUUCCGAAAAGCUGCACCGGCCGCAGGUGCCAUCUCCUCGAGGACGUCCUGCUCCAGCGGGUCCCAAUGGCGGCCGGAACUAUGGAGCACCUGCGCAGCAUGUGUCAGUGCUUGGUGGGCCUCCUCAGGGCGGGCGUUUGAACAGCAACAAUGGAGUAAAUGGCGACGGCUACCAAGGCCAACUGACGCCUAUGACAGCCGAUCCUACUCCAUCGCCGUACGAUCGUUCCUUUGAUGCCCCGCAAGAUACUCGGGAUCCGCGGCGUCGCCAGCCAGCACCUCAGGUGACAUCCCAAUACGGUGGAGCAGUACGAGCGCCGCAAUUAGUAGGCACUGGCCACGGCCCGAUUGGUAUGCACUCGUUCACGGUGUUGCCUGUGUCAGUGCAGAACCACAUUCACGCGUUGGUAGCAGAUCGGACACUGGCGUCGUUAGAGGAGCUUGGCGGCAAGUGCUACGAAGUGCUGGGACAGCUUUCAGAGCCGCUGGCAAACCAAGUGCUUACCCGAUUUGCAGGUGCCAACCUCUCGAACGUUCGCAACAAAAGCGGGUUCCUCAUUGGUGUCGUCAAGCGAGCUCGUCAGGAAUACGGCUUCAAUUGA